AUGCCCCGCCAAAACCAGCCGGAGAACCACCCCGCCCGGCUAUCACUCAUCAGCAGACAUCUCGCCCCUGUGUAUCCGAUCAACACUCCAUUCACCGUCGAGCGUCAUCCGGACACCAUUGACACCUCCCUAUUGCCAAAAACACCAUCGCGCAGCCUCUCUACCUCAUCCAAAAUGUCGUCCCAACCCGCGCACCCUACGCUCCUGAUCCCCGGGCCCAUUGAGUUCGACGAUGCCGUGUUGCAGUCCAUGAGUCACUACAGCGAGAGCCAUGUCGGUGCCGGCUUUGUUGCAACUUUUGGCGAGACUCUGUCGAUGCUGCGCAAACUCUUCCAGACCUCCGAUCCUUCCGCGCAACCGUUCGUCCUUUCCGGCUCGGGCACGCUCGGCUGGGAUCUCGUGGCUGCCAACCUGAUCGAGCCCGGCGAGGAUGUCCUCGUGCUGGGGACCGGUUACUUCAGCGACGGCUUCGCCGACUGCUUGCGGGUGUACGGUGCCAACGUGACGGAGCUCAAGGCGCCGGUGGGCACCAAGCCGCAGCUUCCCGAGGUUGAGAAGGCAUUGUCGGAGAAGAAGUACAAGGCCAUUACCGUCACGCAUGUCGACACCUCUACCGGAGUCUUGAGCGAGCUAAAGGACCUCUCCGCCCUCGUCCACAGGGUCUCGCCAGACACACUCAUCAUCGUCGACGGUGUGUGCAGCGUAGCGUGUGAGGAGAUCGACUUUGAUGCUUGGGGCCUUGAUGGUGUUGUCACCGCCAGUCAAAAGGCCAUCGGCUGUCCUGCCGGUCUGUCCAUUUCCAUGUUCAGCGGUCGGGCAAUGCAAGCCCUCCAGAACCGCAAGACACCCCCGACGGCGUAUUUUGCAUCCAUGAAGAACUGGACACCAAUCAUGCAAAAUUACGAGGCCAAGAAGCCCUCAUACUUCGCAACUCCUUCCCCGCAGCUCGUCCACGCUCUACACACCUCACUGAGCCAGAUUCUGGCCAAGCCACUGUCGGAGAGGUUCGCCGGCCACAAGGCAGCGUCCGACAAGGUAAAGAAGGCGAUUGCCGACCUUGGCCUGAAGCAGGUCGCCGCAAACCCCGACGAGCAGGCUCACGGUAUGACGGCCAUCUACCUCCCUGGAGGCGUUAAGGGUGCCGACCUCUUGCCCAUCCUCGCCAAGAAGGGCGUCGUGUUUGCGGGUGGGAUUCACAAGGAGAUUGUCACCAAGUACAUCCGGUUUGGACAUAUGGGCGUCAGCGUGCUCGAUCCUAAGCGAACCGAUAUCGACCAUGCUAUCAAGGCGUUGGAAGAGGGAUUGGCUGAGUGCGGCUAUAAGAAGCCUUAG